GAACGCACCCAUAAACAAUAGAUUCUAUUGCCAUUACGUUAAAACUGUCGUUCGAACACGUUCGAACCUGAUUUAUUUAGAAUUUGUACCUCAGUACCUUUGAUGAAAGAACAGUAGAUAUAAGUCUGAGUCCAAGUAAAAUAAUAAUAAUAAUAAGAAGAAGCGUAUCUGAUAAUUUUAUAGCAGUGUUUGAAAGUGUAUCGUCGGUUGUACGGAGGAAUUUGAGUUUUUAGUUUUAGCAUUUUUGUAAAAACAGAUAAUAGAAGAACUUUCAGUGGUUUAUAUAAAUUAUAAUAGUUUCAAUAGUAUAUAAAAGUUUUUAACUAUAUCUUCGACAAAAGACUUUCUUUUUCCACGUAGUGGUGUAGUUGAGGAGAAUAACCAUAAUGUCCACCAACGUUACACAUAUGGAAAAAGAAUUGGAUUUGAGUAAUGCUGGCCGUGGUGUGUGGCUUGUCAAAGUACCUAAAUAUAUAGCUAACAAGUGGGAAAAAGCACCUGGUAAUAUAGAAGUUGGCAAGUUAAAGAUAACCAAAAAUCCUGGACAGAAGGCUGAAGUGUCUCUCAGUUUAUCAGAGGCUGUCUUAGCUUUGAAAGAAUCUGGAGAAGAGGAAAUACCAAAGCAACAUAGGUUAGAUGUUGCAACAGUUACUACGCAGAUACUGGGAGUGUUUUCUCAUGUUGCUCCAUCCACAAACUCAGAUUUAAUUGUGCCAGAAACAGAAAAGCUCUUCAUGGAAGGAAGAAUUGUGCAGAAAUUAGAAUGCAGACCAUAUGCUGAUAAUUGUUAUAUGAAGUUAAAAUUGGAAAGUAUUAAGAGAGCUUCUGUGCCACAAAGACAAGUGCAGCAGUUAGAUAGAGUAGUACAGAACUUUAAGCCAGUAUCUGACCACAAACAUAAUAUUGAAUAUGCUGAGAAAAAGAAGGCAGAGGGAAAGAAGAUGAGAGAUGACAAGGAUGCUGUGCUUGAUAUGCUUUUUGCAGCAUUUGAGAAACAUCAGUAUUAUAAUAUAAGGGAUCUUGUGAAAAUCACUAGGCAACCUAUUGUUUAUUUGAAGGAAAUACUUGGUGAAGUUUGUAAUUACAAUUUAAAAAAUCCACAUAGGAAUAUGUGGGAAUUAAAACCAGAGUAUCGACAUUAUAAAGAAGAUGAAAAACUUGCUGAAAACACCUCAAAGAAGGGCGACGACUCCGAGGAUGAUUGAUUAUUAUUCUAUUUUUAUAUUUAUAUAUAUUUAUACAUACACUAGAUUUAUUUAAUAAAGUAUAUAAUACAAUAUAUUAAUGAUAUUGAUCAAUAAAAUUUCUAUAGAAAAAGUUCUAAACAA